GUGACCGAUCGCCGUAUCAUUGUCAGCUCGGCGUCAGGUGGGGGCUCCAUCAGAAAGCAGUCAAGCCUCAGGUCGGCAGCGGUUGGACAGAGAACCAGGCAGCGGCCUCAGCAUCACCGCGGCUCCGCCAAUCAGAGCAGGGCAGAUUAACCCCAACAGUCCCGGUGCUGUCGUGGAGUAACAUCCUUAGAAAACAAGCCUCCUUCUCGGUCCUCUGCUCUUCACUGUCGUUAUGGAGGGCUCUUUGGCGGCAAAAUAAACCGAUACGAUCGUUGUUUCGACCGAUUUUAUUUUUAUUUCUAUUUUUCGCCUCGAGAAGAGAAAUGGAGGCUGGCUCCAGAAUCGGAGAAAGCACGGAUGCGAUAGUGAUGGACGAUUCUCCCACAGAUGAGAGGGGGAUGCAGGAUGGCUGUCAGAGUGACAUCCCAGCUGUUUCCCUGUGCCCCCCUGACAGUGUGUGCUCUGCCGAGAGUCCUCUGAGGGUCCUCCAGUCAGACGGCGAGCUGUGUGACAGCUGCAGCAGCCUGGGCAGACCCUCGUCCUCCUGUCAACUCUUUCAAGGGCCCCGACUCGGUGCCUAUGACUCUCCACAGCCACUAAAAUGCCCCCACUGUAGCUGCCGCGGGUCACUCAGACCAAACCAGGGCCACGGGUAUCAUUUGAAUACAACAGAUCCUCACCCGGAUAGAGGCGCUGCAGUAAAGGUGGGACACAGCUGCAGUUCUGCUCAUCAGGUGUCACGUCACGGCGACGCACGGUGCCACUGGCUGCACGGAUCACAUGACGGCAGGACGCACAAGGCGACGCAGAGACAUGUGGUCACAGUUAGGGACGGUGGACUUUACUACAUCCUUAGAAGUUAUUCCCAGGUGAUAGCAGACCAUCCUUUAGCUCUGUUGGUGGGCUGUGCUGUACUCUUACUGGGCUGCUCAGUGGCAGGACUCCUCAUCGGCCCCCUCCCUGACUUUUCUGAUCCACUGCAGGGUUUCGAGCCACGGGGAACCUACAUUGGAGUUCGUCAGUCCAGCCUGUCCAAGCUGCGAGAGAACACGGGCCCAGGAAAAGCUCUGUCUCCUCUACCACAGCAGCUCAGCACAAGAGACAGCAGUGAUGAGAGAAACACCUCCAGACUCCGCGUCAGGAGGAUGCUGGCCAGGGAUCUUUACCCAAACACUUUCCUGUGUGACGCUCCAGGCGCACAUUUGGCCCAGCUGGUGUUCCGAUCUGAAAACUCUGCGAGUCUCUGGAGCCUGGAGGCCAUCCACGCCAUGUGUGAGAUGGAACAAUCCAGGAUCCGCUCCCAGGCUCAGUUCCAGGACAUGUGCCAGCAGCACGUGAGGACGGAGACAGAGGGAAUGUCCAGAAGCGGCUGUUGCCCAAGCUGGUCCCUGGGGAAUUACCUUGCUGUGCUUAUGAAUGCUUCCUGCUGCCUCAGCCUUACAUCUCAUCAGGUUUCGGGCUCUCUGAGCCUUCUACGGAGGUGUGCUCCACACUAUCACCAGGGCCAUCUAGUGGAAGCCUGUGUGGACAGACCAGAACACGGCGCCUGCUCCUCGGUUCCAACUCGCUGCAAACAGUCACGCAUGGUGUUCCAGAUCCUGCACUUUCUGGUGGAUAAAGACUUCCUUGGCCCCCAGACUGUUGAAUACCAAAUCCCCACACUGAAGUACAGCCUCCUGUUCUUACCUGUCACCAAAGGGGAGCGCACCAUGGAGAUAUAUAUGAAGAGUCUUGAAGGCAGGGAGCUCAACUACAAUAAUACAAUUGUCACUGGAAUGGAUUUUGGCAUCAAGCUGACGCUGUUUAAACACUAUCUUGCAAGAGACUCGAUCUUCCCUGCCUUAGCUGUUUUCUGUCUUCUUCUGACCAUGUUUUUUUAUCUCCACUCUCUCUUCAUAGUGGCAUUGUCUGUAAUAGCAACCACUGGGUCCCUCCUGACUUCCUAUUUCUUCUACAAAGUGGUCUUUCGUCUCACGUUCUUCCCCUUGGCCAACCUCACAGCAGCUCUGGUUCUCCUGGGAAGCUGCUCAAACCAAGUUUUCAUCUUUGCAGAUUUAUGGAAUUUGCAGCUGUCACAAAAGCCACCUGCCGUCUUGGAGAAGAGGGUGCACAGAGCAGUACAGGAAGUGGGCUAUUUUAUUUUAGCAUCAGGGUUGACUUCCAGCGCAGCGUUUUUCUCCGGCUAUCUCAGCAGCAUCACAGCUGUCAGAUGUUUCUCCGUGUAUCUUGGGACCUCCUCUUUGAUCAGUUCCCUCCUGUCUCUCGUGUGGCUGCCUUGCUCUUUUGUUCUGCGGGAACGCUACUCUGCGACUUCCUCCGUAUCUGUAGCCGUGCAGGGCUGGAAACCUUGCUGUUCCAAAACCGGUGGAUUCUGGGAAACAAACUCGCGCAAAAGAUGCCUUUUCACCCUCUGCCAGAAGCUGAGGGAGCUAAAAAGAGGGCUGAGUGACACUUCAAAUUUGUUAUUCCUCAAAAUUGCACCUUGUGGAGUGGUGAAGUUCCGGUAUAUCUGGGUGUGUUGGUUCGCCGUACUUGCUGCUGGGGGGAUGUACAUGUCCUGCAUCGACCCAGGCAUGAGGCUCCCCACCCUGGAGAGCAAAGAUGCCCAGCUUUUCCGCUCCAGUCACCCAUUCGAGCGAUACGACACAGAGUAUCGCCACAUGUUCAUGUUCGAGAGACAGAGAAAUGGAGAGGACAAGCCUGUGAUGGUGACACUGGUCUGGGGGAUCGAACCAACAGAUAACGGGGAUCACUUUGACCCUAACAGCAAUGGUUCUUUGGUGCUUGACCCACACUUCAACAUGAGUAGUGCAGACGCCCAAAUCUGGUUAAGGGACCUGUGUGGAAGGGUCCGGAACCAAAGCUUUUAUUCUCGUACCUCACCUGAGGACAGAAACAUGAUGACGGAAAAUAUCUGCCUGGUUGAGCAGCUAAUACACUGGGUGUCGCUCAGACGCUGCUCAGAUCCUGACGACAACCUCCGUCCCUGCUGUAAUGACCUGUCUUUUCCUUACGCUCCCAGUGUUUUUGAAAAAUGCCUCAGUAUGAUGCUGGCAGAGCGGUACUCUGAGGGUCAUCUGGCCCACACUGGAGGCCUGUACUUUCACCCAGAUGGCAGGUUUGCUGCCCUAGUGUUGGAAUUCAAAACCACCUACCUCUACAGCUUCAACUAUAGCAAAACCAACACUUUCUACAAAGAAAUCCUGACAUGGUUCAACAGGGAACAAUUUGGAGCACCUCAAGGGCUGGAGAACGUCUGGGUCAGCAGUCAGCUGUCUCUGUUUGACCUCCAACAAUCCCUCAGCUCGGAGACCCUGGUUGUAGCCGGUUUCUCUGUAGCUCUCACCUUAGCUAUGCUUCUCCUCACCACCUGGAAUAUCCCUCUGAGCAUUUAUGGCACUGUAGCAGUAGGAGGCAGUGUUUUCGUCACAGUGGGCCUCCUGGUUCUUCUGGAGUGGCAGCUGAGCGGGAUCGAGGCUCUGUUGAUAUCGUCGGCUGCAGGACUGUCUGUAGACUUUGUUGCUAACUACUGUAUCUCGUACAGCUUGGCUCCUCAUUCUGACAAAAUUGGAAAAGUAGCACAUUCCACCAAACGGAUGGUUCGCCCUGUAGCAAUAGUUUCCGGUGCUUUUUUCUCCAUGGGGAUCAUCAUGUUACCGGCUACAGCUCUCCUGUUCAGAAAACUGGGAAUUUUUCUGUUCUUGGUCAAAUGCGUGGCCUGCGGUUUUGCGACCUUCUUUUUUCAGUCGUUGUGCUGCUUCUUCGGGCCCAAGACAAACUGUGGGAAGGUCACUCUUCCUUGUUUUCCAGAUAAGUCCAAUGGCAGUUUGUCCUCAGCCUCGGUAGCAGAACCUGGUCUGUCCUCUGCAGCAAAUGGGGAGUUUGCUAGACCCAGAGUGAGGAGGAGUUAUGAACAAGACGCAGGUGGAUAUCUCUACCCCGUUCACCAGCGUCAGCACCGACAAAAACAGAUGGGGGGGAGAGAAGGGGUUUGCAGGGGACCAGAACAGUAUGAACUUCAGCCGCUGGCCUACAGGCUCAGCGACAGCUUCGAGAACAGCACCUGCACCAGUAAACUGUCCAACCGUCCCUCGGUCCUCUCUGAUGAGAUUGAAUAUUGCGGUAAAGAUAUAGAAAGAAACGGCACAAGUGCUGAGAAUGUCCAACAUAAGAUCUACCAACCACCUCCGGCCGUUCAAACCUCAUCUCCUUACAGGGACAACACCCUGAGGCCUGUCAGGUUGGCACAAGCCGACUUCGCUGAUGACGAGUUGCUGUGUAAGACUUGCAGAGGUCAGAGUAGCGGGGCAAGAGACUGGGGCAAUACAUCCUUCUCUUCAUCGUCGAGUAUACAGGACACAAUAAUCAGCCACACGAUGGAGACCACUGACCAGCCCUCACUCUGCAAAGAGGAGCAAACCUCCGAGGAGUGUCUCCACUACCACGCUGUGACAGGACGCCUCCCCUCCCAGUCGCAGAGCUCCUGCGAGGGUCUGGAGGAGUCUUGUGAAACAUGCCUCAGUGACAUUGAUCCAGGACCCUCCAGCACGCAAGACCAAGGAGACGCUCAGUUACAACCAGGAUACCUAAACGGGAAGAGGGACACUCUGCGCCUCUCCCUGAAAGAAACUGUUUAUGAGACGUCCAAAGGACGCAGCAGUCAGAGUGAAGAGCUCGUCAUUUUACCCAACAGUAAGCCCGAUUUACCAGAUGUGUGGAUAAAGAGAGAUGGGAAACGGGAAGAUACAUGUUAAAAAGAAAAAAGUUUCAGGAUUCCUGGUUGACACUGUGUCUUCAUCAGAAGACACAGGAGAUUAAAGAAUUGAAUAAAGGACCAUACAAGGUUACUUUUGAUCUUGUAUUUCUGACACACUUUUUUCAAAUUUUAAAUUUGAAUAUCUGCUUUGUGCACGUCUACAUUGCACCCAUUUUUAAAAGUCAGCCUUUCUCUGUAUAAGAAUUCACUCAUGGAUAUUCAGAUUAUGACUAAAAAAUGACAGAAAAAUGUUCUGCUUUCCAUGGAUCAUGAUGUUUGCAGAUGAUAUUGUAAUCUGUAGGGAGGGUGGGGAGCAGGUGGAAGAGAACCUUGAGGAGUAAUCUAAGGCAGUGGUUCUCAAACUGUGGUACCCACCAGUGGUACGUGAGCGCUCUCUAGUGGAACGUGGGUGAAAUUCAUAUUUUCAUUAAACAUAACCAUCAUUAUAAACAUAUCUCCUGUGUUGUUGAAGCUAACAGGGAAGGCCUAUGCUGCUAUAUUCUAAUGUUGGUCACCGUGGUGGUACUACAGAGAGCUGGUACAGAGUAUAAAAAGUUUGAGAACCACUGAUCUAAGGUGAGGGUUUGUUUUAGGGCAACAGGGAAUAAAGUUCAACAGAAGUGCGACACGUGGAAAGAUAAAAACUGUAGCAGACGUAGUUUGAGAAGAAAGGGAGUGGAAUGGGUGGUGACGAGUAUCGAGGUAACAUCCGGCAAGCAGCUUAAAUGAAUAGGAAGGUUUAAAAGACAGUAGUGAGAUAUGCUAUGAUGCAUGGUUUAGAGACAGUAGCUCUGUCUAGGAGACAAAAGGUUGAGUUGGAGGUGGCAGAAACGACGAUUCUGAAAGA